AGCAAAGAUGUCCGCGGUCAUUUGAAAACCUGUUACAGACAGGAGACAAAUUCACGUUUUUAUGUUAGCACUAGUGACGACGUAGUGCUCAAGCAAGCCUUUCAAAAAGGAAAGACGAGGACUCCGCGACAAGAGCCAGACUAUUCCUUAUUAUCAGAAAUAAUGCUGAAAUCUGGAACUCAUGUCGGAAGUCGUGUAUGAAGAAACAGCUACGAUGAUUGCCGCAGGGGAAUUGCAGUCGUUUGUCCCAUUUGGCCGCGAGCACUGCAGGAACCAUCCAAAUGCUUUCAACCUGCAGCUUCGAGAGCUCCAACCAGCCUCUGAGCUCUGGUCAUCAGAUGGUGCUGCUGGCUUGGUAGGGUCCCUGCAGGAAGUCAGUCUGCAGGAGAGAGAAAGGGAAUGGUGGCAGCUAAGGAAGGGCUGCAAGGGAGUCAAAGAGAAUGAAUCAGAGUUUGAAGAAGAACUAUAUACUGCAGGAAACAUGGUUGUUUGGAGCCAAGGCAGCCACACACAAGCCUCUAGUGUGUACAAGGCUUUCACUGUUGAUAGCCCAGUGCAGCAGGCAUUGUGGUGUAAUUUUGCCGUUCCUCAGAACAACAAUGAUGAGGAGGAAGUUGAGCAGACAGUGUGUAUUGUCCAGAGUAGCUGUAUCAACGUGCACACUGUGAAUGGAAAAGAUUUUAUCUCACCACUACCUUUCCAGGUUUCAGAUGUCUGGGUGACAAAGUUCGGACUUUUGUUGGAACGGAAAAUUUCAUCAAAUGACACACAAUUCAACCUGCCUGGGGAACAUAUGCCUACAGUAUUCAGUAUGCUGCAUCCUUUAGAUGAAAUUGCACCGGUUGUGUCCAAACCUUCAGGCCUGUUUGAAGGCUCCCGUGUUCAAUACAUGUCUGACUCCACCAUGAAAAUAGUGUUCACCUGCUGCCAGCCUUCUAUAGUUGUUUCAUAUGACACUAUUCAAGGAACACAUACUGUGUGGGCCCUACGCAAAGUCACACAGGACGAGCGUUCCACAGUCUUGAGGUGUUCGACAGAGCCUGUUGGGACACCGCUGGGGCUGAUGGCUUCAAACUUUCCAACCUCUCAUUUGCGAAAUAUGUCCCAUCUUGACUCGCCUGUUGUAGGUGGAACAAGUGUGCUUGGUUUUGGAUCUGGACCAAGUUGUGGUUCUGGGUCUCCUCUGCACUACAGAAAUCAGCAGAGCAGGAUCAUUACCUCCUCACCGGGAGGUCACUCUCGAGUUAAUUCCCCAAGUAUAUCCAACAUGGCCGCCCUAAGCCGUGCUCACUCUCCAGGCAUGGCGGCUCCAUCCUUUUCAGGUGCAUCUCGCUUCAACACCACUUUCCACAGCCUGUCCCCUAGAGGGCACCGUGGUUCAUUACCCUUAACCAACAGCACUAUUAAUGAGACGAUGCCUACGCCAGACAUGGAGCCCAUCGUACCCGACCUGUGCGUGGAGCAGCUGUGGAGUGAGACCGUCACGGCAGGCUGUCACAAGGAGAUGAGCAGCCAGGCAUCUAAAGUAUUCAUCACUUCUGACCUCUGUGAGAACUGCUACCUCUGUUUCCUGGUGGAGUCUCAUCAGCAGCUCAGAUGUGUUAAAUUUCUUGAGAGCAACGAUACGUCUCAGCUCAUCUUCCCCUCUGUGACGACAAUUCCUGCCAAAGAUGCUGCACCUCUGCAGAGUAUAGAUGCCAUGUUGGUUCUGGAAGCAUGUGGCAGUCUGGUUCUUUACACAGGAAUCACCAGGGUCAGUAAGGUGUUUCUUCCUGGCCCAUUGUCCCCCACCUUCAGCCUUCCCAGCCAGCUCCCUCACCUCAGAACACUAGGGGAGAAUGUUAGCACGCCUGCUAAUGCUGGAAACAGACACAUCCAAAGACUUGAGGACAUUAUGCCUUCUCCAGUAUCUGAGCUGGAAGGUUCAAACAAUAAACACCAUGAGGCAUCAUUUUUUGAAGAAUACACUUUUCAACAAGCCACCUCCUUCAUUCAUGCUUUACGGGAUCCUGUUUGCAACCAGGUCACUCUAGAGCUCAGCAGUGGCACAAUGCUGAGGAUUUCUAUUCCUGAGAUUGCUACGUCUGAGCUGGUGAGAAAGUGCCUUCAGGCAAUUCGAUUCAUCUUGCCCAAAGAAGCUGCUAUGAAGGUUUUGGUGAAGUGGUACAACAUCCAUAAUGCCCCUGGAGGACCCAGUGCUCAUGCAGAGUGGAGCCAGUUUGUCACAUGUUUUUUAACACUCAUGGGCUACAACACAGAGCGACUGGCUUGGACCCGACAACUGCAUUUUGAAGUGCCUCUUUCUCCAGUUAUUGCAGCGAAGAAGGCUCGUCACUCUGACCAAGGCUCCGAUGAGGACUGGGACUACUUGAUGUCUUCUCAUUACCACCAUCAGAUAAUUUUCCAGCCUGUCUGUAGUUCAGUGGAGUCCAGUGAUGCUGUUACCACAGAAACAGAAGACCUAUCUUCUGUGUCCUCUGCCUCCAGUUCAUCUCUGAAGCUGGAGAGUUCAGCUCCUCUUUUCCCUCACAUUCCUGCCCUUUUCUAUGUCCUUCAUCUGCUGUAUCAGGAGCUGCAGCUGGAUGAGCUGCACAGAGCGCGAGCUUCAUCACUGGUGUGUCUGCUGCAACAACUAGCCAGAGACCUUCAAUUAGAAGAAUAUGUUGAUCUGUACUGGAGAGACUACCCUUCAUUAAUUAGUUCCUUUACAGAAAGCUGCAUCAUAGACCAGGCUGUGAUUGGUCAGAUGCACCAUCCGUCCUUCUUGAGCGCUAAGCCUCCAUGUGUGUUCAGCUGGCUCAGUAGCUGCUUGAGAGGAGAGGAAAGUCCACCUUUUCCAUACCUGCCUGGCAUCUGUCAGAGGACCAGACUGAUGGUUCUGAGUUAUGCUCUUUACAUCAUUGGAAAUGAAAAUGCAACUUCAACUAAUGAAUCAAAGUACCUCCUUAAACUUACAGCAGGUCAAAAGUCCUGUGCUUCUGAGCAGAACUACAGAAGACAGAGCAGUGUGAAGGUGAGGUUUUCCAGUGAGAGUCUGGCUGAGCAGCUGGUGGUCUGGCUGACUUCACAGGGUUUCACCCUGAAAGACUUGGAGUCUGUCCCUUUCGGAGUAGCUUUGCCUAUUAGAGAGGCCAUCUAUCGAUGUCGUGAACAGCCAUGUGCUGAUUGGUCGGAAGAAGUCUGCCUGCUGAUUGGGCGACAGGACUUGACCAAACAAGCCCACAAGAUGACCCUGGCAAAAAGCAAAGCCUCUGUAGGUUCAGGACUGUCCUUGGAGCCCCCUGCAACAACAGAAGCAGAUGAGGAAGAAGAUGGGAUGUCAGACAUCAUUCAAGAGGUCACCGGACUGAUCUGGAGUCAGGAUCUACGAGUCCAGGAAGUGAGAAGGCUUCUGCAGAGCUCCAGGCCGGUCCGGGUCAGCGUUGUCCAACUACCUGAGGUUUCAGACCACGAGUAUAUAGAGGAGAAAGAAAACAAACUUCUUCAGUUGUGUCAGAGGACAAUGGCUCUUCCUGUUGGCAGAGGCCUUUUCACGCUCUUUUCUUACCAUCCUGUACCCACUGAACCUUUACCUGUACCAAAACUCAACCUUACAGGUCGUGCUCCUCCCCGGAACACCAUGGUUGAUCUGAACAGUGGAAACAUUGAUGUUCCUCCCAACAUGACCAGCUGGCCCAGUUUUCAUAAUGGAGUAGCAGCUGGACUUAAAAUAGCCCCAGCUUCACAGGUGGACUCGGCGUGGAUUGCCUACAACAAGCCAAAAAGCCCUGAACUGGCUAAUGAGUAUGCAGGCUUCCUUAUGGCUUUGGGACUGAAUGGACACCUCACCAAGCUGGCCACGCUCAACAUACAUGACUACCUCACCAAGGGUCAUGAGAUGACCAGCAUUGGACUCCUCCUGGGUGUUUCUUCUGCCAAACUGGGCACUAUGGACAUGUCAAUUACACGCCUGCUCAGCAUUCACAUCCCGGCCCUUCUCCCACCCACCUCCACUGAGCUGGACGUGCCCCACAACGUUCAGGUUGCAGCUGUAAUUGGUAUCGGGCUGGUUUACCAGGGAACUGGACACAGACACAAUGCUGAAGUCUUGUUGUCUGAGAUAGGUCGACCUCCUGGUCCAGAGAUGGAGUACUGUACUGACAGAGAGUCCUAUUCACUGGCUGCUGGACUUGCUCUUGGCAUGGUCUGUCUUGGGCAUGGCAGCAACCUGAUUGGGAUGACAGACCUUAACGUGCCAGAGCAGUUGUACCAGUAUAUGGUUGGGGGACAUCGCAGAGCUCAAGCAGGUGCCAGCCGGGAAAGACACAAGUCCCCUAGCUACCAAAUCAAGGAGGGGGAUACGAUAAAUGUGGAUGUUACUUGCCCAGGGGCCACACUGGCCCUCGCCAUGAUUUACCUCAAGACCAACAACAGGUCGAUUGCUGAUUGGCUGAAACCUCCAGACACUUGGUUUCUGCUGGACUUCAUUAAGCCAGAGUUUCUGCUGCUGAGGACUCUUGCACGGUGUAUUAUCAUGUGGGAUGAAAUCCUCCCUAACACAGAGUGGGUCAAGAGUAACGUGCCCCAGAUCAUGAGGGGGAAUUUUGACCCCUCAGAAGACAUUAAUAUGGAGACAAUGGCCCAAGCCCAAGACUACAUCACAGCCGGAGCCUGUAUGGCGUUAGGUUUACGCUUUGCCGGCUCUGCCAAUUCUGACGCCUUCGACUGCCUCUAUGAGUUUGCCAAAACCUUCAUGAAGAUGAUGUCAUUUGCUGGUACAGCUGCUGUUGGUGCUAUGGGUUAUUACAACCUGCAAACAGGUCUGUCAAUGAUUCUGCUGGCUAUGUCCAUGGUCAUGGCUGGCACAGGAAACCUGAAGGUUCUGCAGCUCUGUCGCUUCUUUCACAAGAGAACUGGUGGUGAGAUGAACUACGGCUUUCACAUGGCUCAUCACAUGGCUCUGGGGCUGCUCUUUCUUGGAGGCGGCAGGUACACUCUCAGCACUUCCAAUUCAGCCAUUGCUGCUUUGCUCUGUGCCCUGUAUCCUCACUUCCCUGCUCACAGCACUGACAAUCGCUAUCACUUGCAGGCCCUGCGGCACCUUGCAGUGCUGGCUGCAGAGCCACGGCUUCUGGUUCCUGUGGAUGUGGACAGUCUUAAACCUUGCUAUUCCCUCCUGGAGGUCACCUAUAAGGAAACCACGUGGUAUAAAGAGACAACAGUAGAACUGAUGGCUCCCACUCUCCUUCCUGAGCUGCAUCUUCUCAAACAGGUGAAGGUGAAGGGGCCACGUUACUGGGAGCUGACUUUGGAUCUCAGCAAAGAAACACAGCAUUUGAAGUCUAUCCUGUCUAGAGAUGGUGUGUUGUAUGUAAAACUACGGGCUGGUCAGCUCCCCUACAAAGAUGACCCUCAGGGUUGGAAGAGUCUGCUGACCACAACCGUCAACCACAGAAACUCUGGAGCCACAGCCUUCAAGCCUGAAGACAUCUCUUCUUUCACCUCAGAGCCUGCCCUCAUCUCCUUUGCAGAGUUCUUUUGUAAGACCUCUGAAGCAAUGAAACACAGAAAAGACACGCAUAUGUUGUUCUCAGCAAUGCUGUAUGAAUGUGUGACGCAAGAGUGUUCAGAGAUGCUGCCAACAUAUAUUGCCAUUGAACAGGCAGUCAGCGCUCUGCGACGGGGUGACCUGCAGCAGACAUUUCCUUUGUGGCAGCUACGUCUGGUGGUGGAGUUGUGGGACAGCAGGAUGCUGCGAGGUCCUGCAAGCAGCCAUGACACUCUACUCACCUCAGAGUUUCUUCCUGUAAUGAAGAAUGCGGUGGAUGUAGCACUGGAUGACUGGCUCAAAGAAAACAGCUCAGUGUUGGGUUCUUACAUGAAAAAGGAGGUUCUGCCUAAAGAUAGUUGCUCUGUGAUGCUGGCCUGCUUUCUGGUGUACCGCUCCAUCCCCUGCCUCAAAAACACACAAACACAGCUGGAGGGCUGCAGCUCAUUUGGGGAUUUGUUACUGCGAAGCAGCCAGCUGGGCAUCCCUCUGAGAGACCUACUGAGACUGGUACCAGUUUUAUUGAGUUCGGUGUCGGGGUCACAGCCACUGCUGGGGUUUGCUCUUCAAGCGUUUCCACCCUGACAGUAUGAACCAGUCAGUGGGUGGAUUUAAAUGAAACAUCUGCAGACCGGCCCUGCAGCUCUGCCAAAAUGUGACUAUCAGACGUAUCCAGCUGCUUGUUGUCUGGUGGGGAAAAUUUGGACUUUAAAAGCAACUUCCUUUUUUAGUUGCUGUAAAAUAAAAUAACUGAUGUUGGAUUAUUUUGCUUGUAAAUGACUAUUAUAUUUAACUUUUCUUUUCUUUCUUUCUUUCUUUUUUUUUUUACAAAAUAAAAUCGUUUACUCUGCAGUAAUCAUGCAGUACAUUUGCUGUUUUAAUAGUCCAGCCAGUUCACUGUGAGAUUUUUGAAUAAGUCGCACAAAUACUCAGCAGGAACAACUUUUCUUCAAACAGCUCAACUAUCCAGAACAAAAAAAAAAGUUGUUUCAGUGAGAACAUGAAGGCUAAAACAAAAUAAAAGAGAAUAAGUGUCUAAAGACUUGA